AUGGCCGAGACAGCCGCACCACACCCAUACAAGCUGGGGCUCAACCAGCUGGGCUAUGCGACACUGGUAGUCAGCAUCUUCUUCAUCGUGCUGUCCAUCGCGGCAGUCAGUCUGCGCAUCGGCAGCCGGCGAAUGCUGGGCAACCACUUGGGCCUGGACGACUGGCUGGCCAUUGCCAGUGUCGUUGUCCUCAUGGGCUUUUGCAGUGAUAUACUGGUGGGAGUCUAUACCUACGGGGGUGGGCAAGUCUAUCUCAACCAGCUGGAGGCCCACGAGAAGUUGAUCCAGUACAUGAAAUCGGAGUAUGCCAUUCCACCGCUAUAUGCGGUCAAUGUGACCCUGGUUAAAAUGUCCAUUCUGUGUUUUUACCAUCGCCUCUUCUCGGUCUCUUCCUUCCGUCGCAAGACCUACGGCGUGGGUAUCUUCUGUCUCGUUUGGUUUGUGGUCGCCUUCGUCGCUGAUAUGCUGUACUGUAUCCCCAUGCGCCAGUUCUGGGAUCCCACGGCAGGCGGCUCCUGCUUUAACUUCCCCAACUACUUCCUGGUCAUGGAGCUCAUCGACGUGCUCCUGGACGUGGUAAUCAUUGCCCUUCCCCUCAAGACCAUCGCGAGCCUGCAGCUUUCCUGGCGGAAGAAACUGGCCUUGCUGGGUAUUUUCUCGCUGGGUGCCUUUGUGAUUGUGACUAGUGCCAUCCGCAUCGCCUACGUCUACCGACCGGGCGACCAACUUCUCGUACUCGGCCAGGCUUCCCUCUGGUCCGUCAUCAAUCUUGGAGUCGCCAUCUUGUGUGCUUGUUUGCCGAUCUAUCGCCCCUGGCUCCCCAAGUUCGGCAACCUUGGCAGCAUCUGGCGCAGUCACUACGGCAAGACUGCCCAUGGUGACAACAGUCACCCCCUCUCCACGAAUCCGAUUAACUCGGCCACGAAGAGCCCCGAGUCGCGAUCCACGUACUACUACCAGAUGAACGAUAGCCAUAGCGACGCAAUGCCCCUAACCCGCAUUGCAGCGGAUGAUCGGCGGGGGUCCGAGGUGUUUUUUAAAGGGAUUCGGGUACAACAAGAUGUGCAGAUGGUCUAA